UCUGCCAUUCGAGCAGCAAGACCAGCUAUGAGUAACUCCACAGUCUGCUUGGACAAUGCGACCGUAUGUGAAGGUGAUUCCUGCGUGGUGCCUGCCAGCAAUUUCAAUGCCAUUCUGAGCACUAUCUUGAGUGCUGUGCUGACAGUCCUCUUGGCAAUGGUGAUGUUUUCCAUGGGCUGCAAUGUGGAAAUUAAGAAAUUCCUAGGGCACAUAAAGAAGCCAUGGGGCAUCUUUAUUGGCUUCCUCUGUCAGUUUGGAAUCAUGCCCCUCGUGGGAUUCAUCCUGUCACUGGCCUUUGACAUCCUUCCGGUUCAGGCCGUGGUGGUGCUCAUAAUGGGUUGCUGCCCUGGAGGGACUUCCUCCAACAUCCUGGCCUAUUGGGUUGAUGGUGACAUGGACCUAAGCAUCAGCAUGACCACGUGUUCUACCCUGCUGGCUCUUGGAAUGAUGCCUCUAUGCCUCUAUAUCUAUACCAAAAUGUGGGUUGACUCCGGCUCCAUCAUAAUUCCCUAUGAUAACAUAGGUACUUCCUUGGUUGCUCUUGUUAUUCCUGUUUCCUUUGGGAUGUUGGUUAAUCACAAAUGGCCCGAAAAAGCAAAGAUCAUACUUAAAAUUGGAUCCAUUGCAGGUGCAAUCCUCAUCGUGAUCAUAGCCGUGGUUGGAGGAAUAUUAUACCAAAGUGCCUGGAUCAUUGAACCCAGACUGUGGAUUAUAGGGACAAUAUUUCCUAUUGCUGGUUAUAGCCUGGGAUUUUUCCUGGCUAGAAUAGCUGGUCAGCCCUGGUACAGGUGUCGAACAGUUGCUUUGGAAACAGGGAUGCAGAAUACUCAGCUGUGUUCGACCAUCGUGCAGCUCUCCUUUUCCCCUGAGGACCUCAAUCUUGUGUUUACCUUCCCACUCAUCUACAGCAUUUUCCAGCUCAUCUUUGCAGGAGUUUUAUUAGGAAUUUAUGUUGGAUAUAAGAAGUGUCGUGGGAAAAAUAAUGCAGAAUUUCCAAGCGAAGAAGACAACAAAACAAAGCCUGACUCAUCGUCAUAUAAGAUAAAUGAAGGAUUUCAACCAGAUGAAAAGUAG